GUUCUAUGGGGCUCUAUGGGGUUAAUCCCAUAUAUCCCCUAUAUCCCCUAUAGGUUCACGCUGGUGCUGCCCCCCGUCGCAGCCCGUUCCCUAUCCCUCCAUACAUCCCACCCUGCCCCAUGGCGGCAGCGGGAGGCGGCGCUGCUGGAGGAACAGCUGAGGAACGAGAUAAGGGCCAGGAGCUGCGGGGUCCACACACUGAUAAGGAACAGGAUCACGUUGUUCCCUGACCUGAGGCUCAUACAGUAUGACUGCGGGAAGCUGCAGACACUCUGUGUCCUGUUGCGCCGGUUGAAGUCGCGCUGUCGCCGCGUUUUGAUCUUCACCCAAAUGACCCGAAUGUUGGACGUGCUCGAAACCUUCCUCACCUACCACGGGCACCUGUAUCUAAGGAUGGAUGGGAGCACAAGGGUGGAGCAGAGACAGGCGCUGAUGGAGCGUUUCAACGCAGACAAGCGAAUCUUCUGCUUCAUUUUAUCCACCCGCUCUGGUGGGGUCGGUGUGAACCUGGCGGGCGCCGACACCGUCGUGUUCUAUGACAGCGACUGGAACCCGACCAUGGACGCGCAGGCACAGGAUCGCUGCCACCGGAUUGGACAGACCAGGGAUGUGCAUAUAUACAGGCUGAUCAGUGAGCGGACGGUGGAGGAGAACAUCCUAAAGAAAGCCAACCAAAAAAGGAUGCUGGGGGACAUGGCCAUCGAGGGGGGCAACUUCACCACGGCCUACUUCAAACAGCAAACCAUCCGGGAGCUGUUUGAUGUGGUUCCUGAUGGGGAUCAACGGGAUCAGAACCGGGAUCAACGAGAUAAGGAGCAACGAGAUAAGGAUGGAGAUAAGGAAGGAGAUGAUAAGGACGGAGAUAAGGAUGGAGAUAAGGAUGGAGAUAAGGACGAGGACGACGAGGACCCCACGACCACACGGCGCACACACAUCCUGGAGCAGGUCUGAGCCCAUAACCACACAGCCCCAUAG